AUGGAGGUGACAUUUUUGUCGAGAGAUACUAUUAAGCCUUCUUCUCCAACUCCCCUAAGCUUUGAAACUUUUCAUCUUUUUUGUCUCGAGGAAACGUCUCCUUUGGUUUAUACUCCUCUUUUUCUUUUCUACCCGAGGAGCAAUAAUGAUGAUUCGGGGGAGUCUCAUCCAGAAAUCGAUACACUCAAAAGUUCUCUAUCUGAAACCCUGAAUCGUUUCUUGUUUCUUGAAGGAGAAACCAUUGGUGAAUCCAUUCGUUGCAACUAUGAAGAGAUCGUCUUUGUCGAAGCAAAAGUUACUGGUAAGAUAUCUGAUAUCUUCGUGGGAUCAAAUAACGACACUUCUUUAAUGAAACUCGUAAUGUAUUCUACGUUCAUGACUGACCCUGCAGAUGAUUAUAAAUAUGCUGUAAUUGGUGUACAAGCCAACAUUGUGGAGUGUGGUGGUGUUGUGAUAUCUCUUUGUUUGUUACACGAAGUUAUCGAUCCAACAACUCUAAGUCAUUUUCUUAGAUCGUGGUUCGAUAUCAAUACGUCGUCUUUCAAUUGUCUUCCAAGUAUGGCAUGUUCCGACUUCGGACCACUCUUACCACUCUUCGAUCCACGACAAAAACAAGUCUUCUUUUCCUCCAACAACAGUUCUCAACAACAAGCUUCUUUUCAAAGCCUUCUGUGUACGUUCAAAGACGAUGAGAUCCAGUUUCUCAAAGAUAGAGCAAAAUCUAGUGAUGUCCAAAAUCCAACAUGUGUGGAAGUGCUUUUAGGGUCCCUUUGGAAAUGUAUCUUGGAAGUUGUAUUAUUGCAAAUUACAACAAAUUCUGAUCAUAGGCCAUCAAUUUUGACCCAUGCAAUCAUAAACUUGAACAUCAAAAUGCUAUCUUCUAAUUCAUUGCCAAGAUCAUUCUCAGUGGGGAACUUUUGGUGGAUUGAGGUAGCUCAUUAUCUAGCAAAUGAGACGACCCAAAUGGAGCUAAGUAAUUUGGUGAGAUUUUUGAGAGAGUCAUUUCAAGAAAUGAAUGGUGAUGAUCAUUGUUGGAUAAAAAGUUUGGUGGGUAAUCAAGGAGAUAGAUCAGUUAUUUCCAAGUUGUUAUCAGCUGAAAUAAUCCCAAAAUUGUACAUAUGCACAAAUUGGGAAAACAUAGAUCAAUUGAAUGAAUUUGGAUGGGGAAAUACGAUAUGGAUCGAAUCGGAUACAACGUCGAAGAACAUUGGUAUUUUGUUGCGCACCAUAAGAGAUAAUGAAAUAGAGAUAUGGAUGGUACUUGAUGAGGAAGAAAUAGAACUUUUAGUACAAACUGAAGAAUUUUGUGGUUUUGUGAAUCUAACUUUCCCUUAG